AUGUUCAACUCACGAUUGUCGCUAGAAUGUGCCGCGAUAAGAACAAUAUUAGGAAACGUGCCUAUCGAUAAUGAAAUUAGCGGUGUAUUGGAAAACUAUUUAAAACCUAUAAGCAAACUUUCAGAACUAUUUCCCAAUCAACAAGUCGAGGUACAAUUAGAAAUAGAUGGAUCCAAUUACGGUGGAACCGCACCGAAGCGCUAUAACCUGCGCCGGAGUAAGCCCACGCAAUAA